GCAGCCGAGCGGAUCUUUAGUCCAGUGUCUUUUCUUUUUCUCCAUCAGAUCUCCGCCACACACCGACUGCUCCUCUGACCUCCAGCCUGUUAUUUAUUCCUUCCCGGAGCGUCUUCAUCUCAGCUCCUUUGGACCGUUUGGAUUUUACCUUUUUCUUUUCCUUCCUCGGACCUCCGGCGCUUUCUGCCCUGGACGCUCCGUGCCGACAUGGCGCGUUUGUUGCUGUCGUGUCUCCUGCUGCUCGUUUCAGCGCAGACGACUCUCUCCUCCGGGGUCUUCGAGCUGAAGAUCGACUCCUUCACCAGCUCCCGCGGCGUCUGUCGCUCCCCGUCCCGGGACUGCCAGAUAUUUUUCCGCGUAUGCCUUAAACACUCACAGGACGUCAUCAACCCGGAGCCGCCGUGCACGUACGGCACCGCGCUCACCGAGAUCUUCGGCGCCGACUCCAACUCCAUCUCCGGGAGCGCCCCCAUCAGGGUGCCCUUUCACUUCAAGUGGCCGGGGACCUUCUCUCUGAUCAUUGAAGCCUGGAACGCGGAGUCUUCAGGACUCGAAUCUACAGAGAACCAGAACAACCUCAUCAGCCGGCUGGCCACCCGCCGCAGGCUGACCGUGGGGGAGGACUGGUCCCAGGACGUGCACUUCGGCAACCAGAGCGAGCUGCGCUACUCCUACCACGUGGUGUGCAACGAGCACUACCACGGCGAGGCCUGCUCCGCCUACUGCCGGCCCCGCAACGACACCUUCGGCCACUACACCUGCGACGAUGACGGGAACCGCCGCUGCCAGGAGGGCUGGAGGGGAGAGUACUGCUCAGACCCCAUCUGUGCAGCGGGGUGCAGCGAGCAGCACGGCUUCUGCGAGUCUCCGGGGGAGUGCGUGUGCCGGCAGGGCUGGCAGGGGAAGCGCUGCGACGAGUGCGCCCGCCACCCCGGCUGCCUCCACGGGACCUGCCAGCAGCCCUGGCAGUGCAACUGCAAGGAGGGAUGGGGAGGCCUGUACUGCGACCAAGACCUGAACUACUGCACCAACCACAAGCCGUGCCGGAACGACGCCUCGUGCACCAACACCGGCCAGGGCAGCUACACGUGCACCUGCCGGCCCGGGUUCACCGGCAAAAACUGCGAGAUCGAGACCAACGAGUGCGACAGCAACCCCUGCAAGAACGGCGGCAGCUGCAAAGAUCUGGAGAACGAUUAUUCAUGCGCGUGCCCUCAAGGCUUCUACGGGAAGAACUGCGAGAUCAGCGCCAUGACGUGCGCCGACGGGCCGUGUUUUAACGAAGGGACCUGCGUCGAGAACGUCGCCGGCGGGUACAGCUGCCGCUGCCCGUCCGGGUUCACGGGCUCCAACUGCGAGAAGAGGAUCGACAGAUGCAGCAGCAACCCCUGCGCUAACGGCGCUCAGUGUUUGGACCUCGGCAAACGCGUCAUGUGCCGCUGUCGGCCAGGCUUCACCGGCUCCCGCUGCGAGACCAACAUCGACGACUGCGCCGGGAACCCCUGCCGCAACGCCGGCACCUGCGUCGACGGCAUCAACGACUUCACAUGCACGUGCACGCUCGGCUUCACCAGCAAGGACUGCUCCGUGCGCACCAGCCCCUGCGACCAGUUCCCCUGCGACAACGGCGGCACGUGUUACACCCACUUCACCGGCCCAGUGUGCCAGUGCCCGCCGGGCUUCAUGGGCGCGCGUUGCGAGUACUCGGUCAACAGGCCGACCACAAAGCCGCCCGGGAAUGACGCCGUCCCUCCCGCGCUGAUUGCCGCCGUCGCCCUCGGCCUGGUGACGCUGACUCUGCUGGUGUGCGCCGCCAUCCAUAUUCUGCGUCAGCUCCGCCGGGGCCGAAUGCUGCGGGCCAUGGCCACAUCGGUGAAGAACGACCUGGAGACGGUGAACAACCGCAAUGCAGUGAUCGGCGGGGGUGGACCCAAUAAUGGCAUCUUACCAGGAGCACCACUGGGCAGCCUGAGAGAGAAGGAGGCCUUCCUCAUCCCCGGAGGACAUCUCAAAGUGUCCAAUAAGGAUGCAGCGCUGGUGGAGAAGGGCGGUGACAACACGGCAGUGUUUAAAAACAGAAUGGCCGACUGUAACCUGGCGAAAGAGGAGCAGCGCCUGGCCAAGAACAAGUUUGACCUAAAGAAGUGCGACUCGUCCAUCAUCGUCCCUCCUCUCAGCUUUGGGAAGGACAGCCUGUAUCACCCGGUGUUCAUCAUCCCGGAGCAGAUGGAGCAGUGUGUGUUUGCCACUGAGGUAUAACCUCCAGCUUUCAGAACACCAGUGGAGGAACUUCUGCGCUGAAGGCCUUAAAAAUGUCUGUCCGGGACAGUUCACCCAGAGGAUCUAUUCUACACACAUUAUUUUAUUUAAUAUUUAUUACUGCUGCUCAACGGAAAGAAACAAAAAGAAAGGACUUGCUUUUUAUUCUUCUCUGCUUUGAUAUUGACAAUGUUUGGAUGAGAGUGAGCGAGAGCAGUGGAGGAGAGAGAAAAGAGACUGAAUGUCUGGCAUCAUUUGCACUAUUUAUCUUUUUUAUAUACUUUAAAUCUUAAUAUAAUAUUUCUGCCUGUAUAUCUGAAUUUUCUUUGGAUCGAACGUGAACGACAGGACGUAAAAAAUCGGAACUGUCCACCAAUCGGAAAGACCGGUGCCUUAGCUAUGCUCCCUAAUCACUGUGGCGACCGUUUCCUGUACAAUUCCACAAUGUGAUGCCAAUCAAAUCAUCAGAGGACCUGCUCGCAGGAAUGGGGCACG